CGUUUGCGUCAGCGCUACGCUAUAUAAUAGAAGACCCGCCCAUUUUUCUUCCUCUUUCACUCAGACCGGAGACAAUAUGUCCCACCGUAAAUUUUCUGCCCCUCGCCAUGGCUCCUUGGGCUUUCUGCCCCGCAAGAGGAGCCGACGUCAUCGUGGCAAGGUGAAGAGUUUCCCACGUGAUGACCCCACUAAGCCCGUUCAUCUCACAGCUUUCCUGGGCUACAAGGCUGGCAUGACUCACAUUGUGCGGGAGGUUGACAGACCUGGAUCCAAGGUAAACAAGAAGGAAGUUGUUGAGGCAGUCACCAUAGUGGAAACUCCUCCCAUGAUUGUAGUUGGGGUUGUUGGCUAUGUCCAGACUCCUCGGGGUUUGAGGCCCUUCAAGACCAUCUUUGCUGAGCACAUGAGUGAUGAGUGCAAGCGCCGCUUCUACAGGAACUGGUACAAGUCUAAGAAGAAGGCCUUCACAAAGUACUGCAAGAAAUGGCAGGAUGAGGAGGGCAAGAAGCAGCUGGAGAAAGACUUUGCCUCCAUGAAGAAGUACUGCCAGGUCAUUCGCAUCAUUGCUCACACACAGAUGCGUCUGCUGUCCUUGAGGCAGAAGAAGUCCCACCUGAUGGAGAUACAGCUAAACGGAGGUACUGUGUCUGACAAGGUUGAUUGGGCCCGUGAGAAGUUGGAACAGGCCAUUCCCAUCAGCAAUGUCUUUAUCCAAGAUGAGAUGAUUGAUGUCAUCGGUGUCACCAAGGGUCACGGGUACAAAGGUGUCACUAGCCGUUGGCAUACCAAGAAGCUUCCACGUAAGACCCAUCGUGGUCUGCGCAAAGUUGCUUGUAUUGGGGCCUGGCAUCCUGCCCGUGUAGCAUUCUCUGUAGCCCGAGCUGGUCAGAAAGGCUACCACCACCGCACUGAAAUCAACAAGAAGAUCUACAAGAUUGGCCGGGGCUACCAUACCAAGGAUGGCAAACUGGUGAAGAACAAUGCUUCUACAGAGUAUGACCUGUCCAACAAGAGCAUCAACCCACUGGGUGGCUUUGUCCACUAUGGUGAGGUGACCAACGACUUUGUUAUGUUGAAGGGUUGUGUGGUUGGGACCAAGAAGAGGGUUCUCACUCUGCGGAAGUCACUGCUGGUGCAGACAAGCAGAAGAGCUUUGGAGAAGAUUGACCUCAAGUUCAUCGAUACCACCUCCAAGUUUGGACAUGGCCGCUUCCAGACAGUGGAGGAAAAGAAGGCGUUCAUGGGUCUACUCAAGAAGGACCGCAUUGCCAAGGAAGAGACUGCCUGAAGACAAUGUCCAAUCAGUUCUUGUUGGUUAUUGUAAUACUAUGCUGAAGUUUAAUAAAAAUCAGGCUGACA